UCCGGAGGGUGUGACGGCGGCACCUGGGCCAGGAAGCCAGGCUCUCCGAACCCUGGGCUUGAUUCCUUCCACGAGGUUGCACGGGGCAGCCCUCCAAGGGAGUACAGGCAGAGCAGCGCGCAACUGAGGAGUAUCAGGCGCUUGUAAGAAACACCAUGCGUUCUGCAUCCGUCUGGAAUAGCCUGUAGAGAGAUGGAGUUUUACGAGGACUACCAGUCCCCGUUUGACUUUAAUACAGGAGUGAACAAAAACUAUCUCUACCUGUCUCCUAGUGGAAACGCAUCUCCACCAGGAUCACCUGCUCUUCAGAAAUUUGGUCUGCUGAGAACAGACCCAGUACCUGAGGAAGGAGAAGAUGCUGCUGCCAUGAUCGGUACCACUGAGUCUCUAUCAGAGGAGGAGCAAGAAGAGCUAAGAAAAGAACUUGUGAAGGUGGAAGAGGAAAUCCAGACUCUGUCUCAAGUGUUGGCAGCCAAAGAGAAGCAUCUAGCAGAGAUCAAGCGGAAACUUGGGAUCAAUUCUCUGCAGGAACUAAAACAGAACAUUGCCAAAGGGUGGCAGGAUGUGACAGCCACAUCUGCAUACAAGAAGACAUCUGAAACCUUAUCUCAGGCUGGACAGAAGGCUUCAGCUGCUUUCUCAUCGGUUGGGUCAGUCAUCACCAAAAAGCUGGAAGACGUGAAAUUGCAAGCCUUUUCACAUUCCUUUAGUAUACGCUCCAUUCAACAUUCAAUUAGCAUGCCUGCAAUGAGAAACUCCCCAACUUUCAAAUCAUUUGAAGAAAAGGUGGAAAACUUAAAGUCUAAAGUAGGGGGAACCAAGCCUGCUGGCGGUGAUUUUGGAGAAGUCUUGAAUUCGACUGCAAAUGCCAGUGCCACCACCACGGAGCCUCUUCCAGAACAGACACAGGAAAGCCUGUGAGAUCCUCCCUUUGUUCUGCUACUCACUGCCAGAUGCUGCAAGCGAGAUCUAAGCACAUCUUGUCAACAGUCAUUGCCAUGAAUUUCCACCAGAUGUGCUUUCAUUUAGCUUUACAUAUUCUUUUGACCAAAUAGUUUGCGGGUUGAACAACAUAAAAACAUCUUCACCUCUAUUCCUGGGAAACACCCUUUCACGUGCAUUCAAAGCCCUUUAUUUAGGAAGCAUCAGUAUAGAAACACGCAUAGUACGUGGGAUUCUCACUAGAAUGAUCAUUGUUUCCCUCUUUUACAAAAUUGCUCUGGAUCUGGGAUAGUAGUUUGACCUUUCUCUUCUACAUGAUUUUCUUUUUGUCUCUUUGAAUCUUUGUAUAUUUGAUUCGUAACUAGGAUUGUUCUUUAAAAUUUGCUGUAUCCUGGUUAUUAAAAGUUUUGGCAUAAUUUUCUUUACUUCCAAGGGAAGAACUACUGGCCACAAGAAAAUAGUUUCAAAUAAAAACACUGUUUUGGUGUAAGGUAUCUUAUAUCUUGGGUCUCUGAAGACAUCAAACUAAAAUCAGCUCUAUAUUCA